GAGAAGAGAGUAUCAGUAAUGCCAGGAUCCCCUGUGGAAGUCAAGAUACAGUCAAGAUCUUCUCCAUCCAGUAUGCCACCUUUACCACCUGUCAACCCCAGUGGCCCCCGGCCUGUUUCAUUUACCCCAGCAGCAUUAUCUAAUGGGAUGAAUCAUUCUCCCCCUACUUUGAAUGGAGCUCCUUCACCUCCCCAGAGGUUCAGCAAUGGUCCUGCAUCAUCUUCCUCAUCUUCACUGACGAAUCAACAGCUCCCAGCUACCUGUGGGGCUCGUCAGCUGAGCAAACUGAAACGCUUUCUUACCACCCUUCAACAGUUUGGCAAUGAUAUUUCACCAGAAAUUGGAGAAAAGGUCCGGACUCUUGUUUUGGCAUUAGUGAAUUCAACAGUGACAAUAGAAGAAUUUCAUUGCAAGCUUCAGGAGGCUACUAAUUUCCCUUUGCGUCCAUUUGUAAUUCCAUUCUUAAAGGCCAACCUUCCUCUCCUCCAGAGGGAAUUGUUGCACUGUGCUAGAGCAGCCAAGCAAACCCCUUCUCAGUACUUGGCCCAACAUGAGCAUAUUCUGCUGAAUACAAACACAGCAUCCCCAGCUGACUCUUCAGAAUUGCUAAUGGAAGUAAAUGGAAAUGGAAAGAGGCACAGUCCAGACAGAAGGGAAGAGAAUAACUUUGAGAGAGAACCAAUCCCUUCAGAGCCUCCUGCCAAAAGAGUUUGCACCAUUAGCCCAGCACCUCGACACAGUCCAUCCCUCAUGCUGCCUAUUAUUAACCCAGCUGGGCAAUUUCAUCCUACACCUCCUCCACUCCAGCAUUAUACCCUAGAAGACAUUGCAACAUCCCAUUUGUAUAGAGAUGCAAGCAAGAUGCUGGAACACAGGGAUUUGCGAGAAAGACAUAGUAUAGGAUUAAAUGGAGGUUACCAGGAUGAACUGGUGGAUCAUCGCCUAACAGAGAGGGAAUGGGCUGAUGAAUGGAAGCAUCUGGAUCAUGCAUUGAAUUGUAUUAUGGAAAUGGUAGAGAAGACCAGGCGUUCCAUGGCUGUCCUCCGCCGUUGUCAAGAAGCUGACAGGGAAGAGCUCAAUUACUGGAAAAGGCGAUGCAGUGAGCCCACCGAGCCACGGAAAGGAGGGAGCGAUUCAACUAUGCGGCAACAUAGUCCUGGGAGCUCAGACUCAAUCAGCAGUGAAUCUCAGCGGGAGUUCAGUAGCAGGCCAGGAACAGCUGGUUAUGUCACAGAAGAGAUAUGGAAAAAGGCUGAAGAAGCUGUGAAUGAAGUCAAACGCCAGGCUAUGUCUGAAGUCCAAAAAGCAGUAGCAGAGGCUGAGCAGAAGGCAUUUGAAAUGAUUGCAUCAGAAAGAGCUAGAAUGGAGCAGACCAUUGCUGAUGCCAAACGCCAAGCUACAGAAGAUGCUUUCCUAGUGAUUAAUGAGCAAGAAGAAUCGACAGAGAGCUGCUGGAAUUGUGGCCGCAAAGCCAGUGAGACAUGCAGUGGAUGUAACAUUGCUCGUUAUUGUGGCUCCUUCUGCCAGCACAAAGAUUGGGAGAGACAUCAUCGAAUCUGUGGGCAAGGCCUGCACAGCCAAGUUAAGCCAGCGUCCUUAUCAGCCAGUCGGCCUUCAGCAGCCACCCUCAAUGUAGUUGAUGGAAUAGCAAGUCCAGCUCUGGAAAAAACAUCCGCAACCACUUCUCGAUCCUCCACUCCAGCUUCUGUAACUGCAGUAGAUACAAAUGCACUCUAAAAGGGAACUCUGCAUUCAAUACGUUUUUUGUUAUUUUGUACUUUGGAAAACAGAAACCUCAAUA